AUGGAGCGGAUCCCGAUGGAGCGGAUCCCGCGGGAGCGGACCCCGAUGGAGCGGAGCCCGCAGGAGCGGAUCCCGAUGGGGCAGAGCCCGCAGGAGCGGAUCCCUCGGGGGUGGAUCCCGAUGGAGCCGAUCCCGCGGGAGCCGAUCCAGUGGGAGCGGAUCCCAAUGGAGCCGAUCCCGUGGGAGCGGAGCCCGCAGGAGCGGAUCCCGAUGGAGCGGAUCCCGAUGGAGCGGAGCCCGCAGGAGCGGAUCCCGAUAGAGCGGAUCCCGAUGGAGCGGAUCCCGAAGGAGCGGAUCCCGAAGGAGCGGAUCCCGAUAGAGCGGACCCCGAUGGAGCGGAGCCCGCAGGAGCGGAUCCCGAUGGAGCGGACCCCGAUGGAGCGGAUCCCGAUGGAGCGGACCCCGAUGGAGCGGAUCCCGAUGGAGCGGACCCCGAUGGAGCCGAUCCCUCAGGAGCCGAUCCCGCGGGAGCGGACCCCGAUGGAGCGGACCCCGAUGGAGCGGAUCCCUCGGGGGUAG